AAUGGCUGCUUGAUUCCUUCAUGGACGUACCUUGCUAAUUCGUUGUAAAAAUAUUUUUCUGCUUUUCUGCAAACUCGUGUAUUUAGAGAUAACAUUCAUCAAAUCCACCUCAUUCCUACAGAAAACUAAGUUAACAUCCAAUUCGACUUCUUCAACAUCUGCUAUCAGUUCGCUUGUUCAUUCGUUGUCAUAACGUCACGUCAUACAAGAUUAACAGUGUUGAUUGAUUUGGUAGAGAAAGUGUUCAGCAAAUAAACAAUUUAUCAACAAACUCUUUGCAUCUUUAAAAAUGGCGUCCCGGGAAGUGAUCAGCAUCGCGUCUGAUGAUAGCGACACCGAGGAGGACCAGAGCCCACAUAACAAAUUGUCGGAACAAAAGCAUAACAGCAGCUCCCGUAAACACAAGAAACACAAGCGGCACAAAAAAUCAUCCAAAUCCGAGAAAGGGGACAAGCAGCACAAACCGAAAAAACACAAAAAACAUAAACGGAAGCACCGCGGAGAGGAAGAUGAUCAAGAGAGUAGCUCCGAAGGCGAACAUGCUAAAAACGGUGCUUCGGCGGAACCCCGUAAAGUAGAGCAAACGAUUCGAGCAAAACAACCCAUGGAUGACGAUGAGCAUAGCGAUGAGCGACAUAAAAGAGCUGAACAUGUUGCGCGCUCUAAGAACAACGGCAGCACCAAGGACAUAGUGGAAAAGAGAAAGGGGCAUAUUUCAACCGAUCCUGAUAAACUGGUACAAAUGUUGACGCAAAAUCUGGAAAAGCGUAAAGAGGACGUAGUGUCGGUAGAAAGCGAAAGCGAUGGUACCGCGGUAGAAGAUGCUCCUAGUCCAGACGUUGCAGUCAUUGAGGAUGAUGAGCUCAAUCUGGAAGACUUAAUGCGACAGAAAGCAUUGCUACAAGCGCGCCUCGGUGAGUAUGCAACCGAUGAGGAAGAUGACGGGCAAGGCAAAGUGUCAAGAGCCGAAAUGAACUCCAGAGAACGGCCGGUUAAGAAAAAGAAGGUUGAUACCAACGAAACGGUCAUCACGAUUGACGGUGACUCGACGCCGGAUGAUGACAAACUGCGGAAAAAGCCGUCGAUUGUUACUAACCGCAUGUCUCGAGGUAAUAAAGAGGAUGCUCAUGUAGGACAAAGAGGGAACAACGCGGAUGCCGACACCAAGAGAAGUAAAGACCAGCAAAUACAUCCGGCGGAGGCACGUGCCCGUCAAAUUGAACGGGACCGCGAUCGCGAUCGUGAAACUAGAACCAGAGACGAUCGCCGCAAUCGAGAAGAGGAUAAUUAUAAACGGCGUAUGGCUGAGGAGCGAUAUGAACGGGAAAAGGCACGAGAACGAGACCGGGAUCGAGAAAGGGAACGGGACAGGGAACGGGCUCGAGCUCGUCAACGGGAGCGAGAUCGUUCUCUGGAGAGACGACGUGAUCGACGAGGAUACUCUCCCCGUGAUAGAAGUCGAGAAAGACGUUCGAUUGAGCGCGAUCGUGGCCGCCUUGGACCUAUAAGCAUGGGUCCGCGUGAUCGCUUUCGCGGCCGUAGUAGGAGUAGAGAUAGGGAUAUGCGAGGUGUUGGAACAAGGAUGGACCGGGAAAGGGAUCGCGAGCGGUUCCGUGAUAGAGACCGAGCUCGAGAUUACGGUCGUGGCAUGCAGCGAAAUGGGCGCGAUGGUCGUGCUGGUGGAAAGGGCCGUAAGCCAGAUGACGAUCGCUUUAAAGACUCGCUAAGUGAAGGAUUAAAGCAACAAAAAGAGUCGAGCAGUGAAAGUGAAAUCGCAGAUAUUGAUAUCGACGACGAGGAGGACGAAGAAAAGAUUAUUGAAAAAAGACGAAAAGAACGUGAAGCGCUGCUCAAGAAACUGGGUGUGUUGAAUGAAGACAGUAAUACGAUGACGGAAGUGGAGCCUCCCGAGCUUAAACAGGUCAGUAUGAUUAGUACAGCUCCGUCAUCCCGUAACGAGAGCCGUGAAACUACUAGCCAGCGCGCAGAGGAUAACGACUGCGACGGAACAGACCAAUCGCUCACCCCACCGAUACCGAACGAGCGGAAAGCCCUGAUGGAUAAGGUAGAACGUAAGCCGAAAGAAUCACCCGAACCACCGAAAGAUCUGGACAGGCAGAGUAAGGAACCAAAAACUUCUGCGAAAGAAAAUUCUAAACGUCCCGAAUGGGACAUGUUUGCCGAACAGGACAUCGACUCGAAUUUCGACUCACCUGGCACGGUUGUGGCAAACAAACAGGCGCACGAGAAUCCGGCCCUCACGGACAACUGGGACGACGCGGAAGGCUACUAUCGUGUACGCAUCGGUGAAAUCUUGGACAACCGGUAUGUGGUCGCUAACUACACUGGACAAGGUGUGUUCAGUACGGUCGUGAAGGCGCGGGACCAGGCACGUGGUAACGCUUUUGUUGCCGUCAAAAUCAUUCGCAACAACGAGAUCAUGCAUAAAACGGGCUUGAGAGAACUGGAAAUAUUGAAGAAACUGAACGACGCUGAUCCCAGCGAUCGGUACCACUGUCUUCGCUUGUACAGACACUUUUUCCAUAAGCAACAUCUGUGCAUGGUUCUUGAGCCAUUGUCAAUGAACCUGCGCGAGGUAUUGAAAAAGUAUGGCAAAAAUGUAGGCCUGCACAUUAAAGCAGUGCGCAGCUAUACUCAACAGUUACUUCUUGCUCUGAAAUUGUUAAAAAAGACGGGAAUUCUUCAUGCCGACAUUAAACCGGAUAACAUUUUGGUGAACGAAAACAACUUGGUGCUUAAGCUGUGUGAUUUUGGAUCGGCAUCUUCGAUCACAGAUAACGAAAUUACACCGUACUUGGUAUCCCGUUUUUACCGUGCACCAGAAAUUAUUCUUGGCCUAACGUAUGAUUAUGGUAUCGACAUGUGGUCGGCCGGCUGUUCGAUCUAUGAGCUGUACACGGGCAAGAUACUGUUUAGUGGCCAGUCCAAUAAUCAAAUGCUUAAAUGUUUCAUGGAUCUGAAAGGCAAAAUUCCAAACAAGCUGAUUCGCAAAGGACAAUUCAAGGAUCAACAUUUCGACCAGAAUUGCAACUUUCUAUCUCACGAGAUAGAUAAAAUCACCGAAAGGGAAAAAGUCGUGGUAGUGUCAAUGAUCAAACCAACGAGGGAUCUGCAACAGGAAUUGAUCGCUGGUCAAAAUCUUCCCGACGACCAGAUACGGAAAGUGUCCCAGCUGAAAGACUUAUUAGACAAAGUGUUUGCCCUUGAUCCUGCUAAAAGAAUUUCAUUGAAUCAUGCAUUGGCUCAUCCGUUCAUUCAGGACAAGAUCUGAAUACUGCACUCACCUUGCCGCGGAAUUAUCUGUAUGCAACGGAAGUUUUACCCUUCCAAGUAAUGGUUCAACGCCGAAUCAACGUCAGCUAUACACAUAUUAACGAUCCUUUUCUUACUUACACUUCACUGAUAAAUAUUUCUACAUCCGCACUCGCCCGUAUGUUCUUCGAUCGAUGAAGGAAGCCCAACCCCAUCAUGCAAUCAUCAUUCAUUCGUAGGAGUUGAAGUGUGUGAUUGUUAUACUGAAGCCCAUGAUGAGAAAUUGUAGCUACAUUUUCUCUUGUUUUUCACGAAGAAAAAAUAAGAGAGGUAAACAAAUGAAUGCAACUCAUGUAGUAUCUUUAAUCAACCAUUUAUCUUAUGCAACGGAGGUAGUAACAGAUACAAAAUAACCAUCGUAAAACUAUGACUUAACAGCAGUUCUUGGUUAAAAAAGGAAACAAACCACAGUUCCUUGUUUUUAAGAUAACAUCAUUUGACUUGUGUUCUAUGACCUAUCAAAACACUUUGCAGAGUAAAGUAUUAAAUUAUCAUGAUGCAUGAUUAUGCUAAAAUGUGUACAAUUUCUAUACAAAAACACGAUGCAACUUUUUGUAAAGGAUCUGUUCUUCUGAUAGAAAAAAAAGUGGAAGAAAUCAAUUAUUUAAUUUAGUUUUGUUUUAAGUCAUUCGUUUCAAUUCUUUUGAGUAAAUAGCUGCUAUUAUUAAAACGAUGGAAAAUGUGAAAAUGAGUUCGUUUAGAGCGAAGGCAAAACGUAGCGAGCAAGAGAACGCGAUAAUAAAACAAAUCCUUUCUCAUGGGGAUAAAAACAAACUCUAUCAAAAAUAGAGAAAUUCGAUUAGCCUAAAUUACAGUUUCAUUUUUAUCCAAUCACAAAUGAUCUACUGUGAAACAGAUUUAAUUACAUUGUUCUAUCUUAUUUCAGCAUCUGAUGUUGAGAAUGAGUACAUUUACUCAGUUGGACGACCUACUCAGUACGCGUCAAGCGAUUAAUUAAGGCUUGAAAGCAAUCUGUGCCCUAAUGGAUUCCAGCCAGUAUUUGACAAAAGUAAACAUUUCACAAUCAGACAUAUUUCAAUUACAUGCUGAAUGGGUAAUACUAAUAAUAUUUUUAAAUCAUCCUCCACAAGAUCCCCACGUCAAACAGAAGCAUGCGUCCCGUCAUGGAUUAGGUCUCUUUUGGAAUAAUCCCACGGCACGCCCCUCACGGGAAUUCGAUGAUGUUAAGCUGUGCUUAAGAGGUAGUGAAGAAUUAUCCAAUGUUUCGUUAAUUAUUUACACUUGUGCAAGUUAACUAUUACCAACAUACGUUAAGUCCUGUAGAACUCUAGUUAUCGGAUUGUCUUUCAAUACUUCAUGCAUCUGAUUUAUUUAUUCGUUUAAUGAAAACAAAAUCAAAGUUUGUUAAUACUUUUCUUUGCUUAACAAUUGUUCAACAUUUUAAAGAAACACGUCUUGUCGCAGUGAUGUUCUUAUCAACAUUUGGAACAGCUGAAUGAAAGAUGCAGACAUAUUACAGAUGAUAGCUUCGAGCAAUUAUGUACAACGUAUCGUUGUGAAUCAGGUUGUUAUGUGUUCGUACCCUUGAAACAAUCGCGAGAAAAAGAUACUUCUUGGUCUUUGUGCUUAGUCUCUUUUCAGUAUGUACUGGUGGUUGCUACUGCUUGAAAUCCAAGAGACGCCAGGGUUUUAAAGAAAUGCUCUUCGUGCAAAUGAAGAACGGUAAGUUCCACAUUUCCAUCUAACUAGUAAACUAUCCGAAUGUAAAUGGCUCACUGUGCAGCUGGUGUGGUUUAUGCAGAAACUGAAGGCUCAGAACUGUUGAUAUUUCUUCGGGAUACUUGAAUAAAGAUGGCUCAUAUUCAUAUUGAGAUUUUAAAUGGCACAAA